AUGGUCCUCUUUGCCAAAGAAUCGAAGGCUGACGGUAGCUGUGCUACUUCGUCUGUGUCUCAUUUCAACGCCAUUACUCUACACUACUUGUCCCACGUGUUCCGUCAAGGUCUUGGGCAAGGACAACACAGCUGGAGCAACGAGAUGAUUCGAGAGUUCUUGCAAUAUUCUCAACGACAGGCCGUAACGCCUGGUUCUAUCGAGCUGGCAGCAAGAGAUCAUCUCGAUGAAAAAGGCUUCCUGGUAUGGAUGGCAUCGCCCAACUGCAACAUCACCAACCCACCCAAGGAAGAGGACUUGACAUGGCCUUUGGUAAGUUACUUUAUCAACUUAAGCCACAACACCUACCUGACCGGCAACCAACUAUCAAGCGAUUCUUCCACGCAACCUUACAUAGACGCAUUGCGUCGUGGAUGUCGUUGUGUCGAGAUUGAUGUUUGGGACGGUAGAGCAUCCGUUGCAAGAAGUAACUCGGACAGGAGCGUCGACGGAACUCAAAGGUCAAAGACUAGGGUUGAGCGCCUUUUCGACAAGAUGAAGGCCUCAUUUCAAGACAAGCACGAAGAUGAGGCCAAAGGACAGGGAUUUGAGCUACGGAACACGACAUCAGCUCCUUCCAGGACUUCUAACAGCCGCAGUUCUCUAUCCAAGAUGGACAAAGUGUUGGCUAUUGAGCCCCGAGUUCUGCAUGGAUACACUCUCACCAGGGAAGUCUCCUUCCGUGACGUUUGCGUCGCUAUGCGGGACAACGCCUUCGCCACCAACGACCUCCCCGUUAUUGUGUCUCUAGAAGUUCACUGCUGUGCUGAGCAACAACUUGCUAUGGUUCGUAUCGUGCGGGAGAUUUGGGAUGGCCUACUUCUCGAAGAACCUGAUGGGGACCCCACCGAGCUACCAACUCCAGAUUCCUUGCGUAACAAGUUGCGCAUCAAAGUCAAGUACGCACCGCCCGAGAGGCCUGUCUCUUCUUCCAGUAGUGACGAUGAGGAGGGGGACAAGCCAAUCGCUUCCCACAAAAUGACCCAAGAGCUGAGCAACAUGGGUAUUUACAAACGUGGCGUGUCUUUCAAGGCUCUUGACGCCCCAGAAGCAUCGCAUCCGAUGCACGUUUUCUCAUUAUCGGAGACAAAAGUGCAAGACGUGCUGGAUACACACGCCUGCGAGCUUUUCAGCCACAAUAGAGACCAUUUUAUGAGGACGUAUCCAAGCGGUGCCCGUAUUGAUUCCUCCAAUAUGGAUCCGUCAAGCUUCUGGAGAAAGGGCAUCCAGAUGGUGGCUCUGAACUGGCAGACGUGGGAUACAGGAAUGAUGAUCAACAAUGGCAUGUUUGCCGACACGCAAGGAUGGUUGUUGAAGCCUCCGGGAUAUCGCCCGUACCUCCAGGACAAACCGGGAGCAAACACAGUUAACACAAAAGAAGUCAAACUCUCCAUCACCUUUUACUCUGGCCAAAACAUUCCCCUUCCGGAAGAUUGCACAUCCCUGCAAAAGUUCAAACCAUACGUCAGUGUAGAGCUUCACGUCGAAGGGCCUAGCGACAAACACGGCGAUGAAAGCGAGUCAUAUGAGCGCAACGAGAAGUACACAGAUUUCACGAUAUCACACAAAGGAUGUGACAUAGACUUCCAAGAAGACCACCUUAGCUUCCCACACGUCAAUGAGGUCUUGGAAGAGUUGUCUUGGGUGCGUUUUCAGGUCAUGGAUGAGGGUUUUAAGUGGGAUGAAUUGGCAGGGUGGGCGUGUAUCCGACUGGAUAGGCUGGGAAAUGGGUAUCGGUUUGUGCAUCUGUUGGACAGCAAAGGGAUGCCAACAGAGGGGGGAAUCUUAGUCAAGGUCGAGAAGAUCAUAACCUGA